AUGUCGGAGGAGCAAACUGAUGCCAACUCAAGUGGGCACUAUUUUGACAGCGAGUCAACCAGACUCCAGGGCAACUUGGUGUUUUCAGGACCCAUAUUUGUCAUCUUGGUGGUGAUGAUGGUGACUUUGGUCGUUGUGAUAGUUUUGGGCAACGCGCUGGUCAUUUUGGCAUUCAAAGUGGACAAGAGUUUGAGAAGACAGUGCAACUACUACUUCCUGAAUUUGGCGAUAUCAGAUUUCCUUGUCGGGGCGUUCUGCAUCCCGGUCUACAUUCCUUACAUCCUCACAGGUCGGUGGACCCUGGGCCGAGGGCUGUGCAAGCUGUGGCUGGUCAUGGACUACCUGCUCUGCUCUGCGUCUGUCUUCAACAUCGUCCUCAUCAGCUAUGACCGCUUCCUCUCUGUCACCAGAGCAGUAAGUUACCGUGCCAGGCAGAGCAUGACCCAUCAAGCCAUCAUGAAGAUGAUUGCUGUCUGGGUGCUAGCCUUUGUCCUUUAUGGCCCAGCCAUCAUAUUCUGGGAACUGGUAGUGGGCAGCAGCCGCGUGCCAAAGGAUGAGUGCUACGCUGAGUUCUAUUACACUUGGUAUUUCCUGCUGAGUGCCUCCAUGCUGGAGUUCUUCUCUCCUUUCAUCUCUGUGGCUUUCUUCAACCUCAGCAUUUACCUCAGCAUCCGCAGGAGGAGGCUCCACAGCAGGGAGACCCAACCCCACCUCCAACUCAGCGAACCAGCCUCUGCCCAGGGGGAGGGCACCCCCUUUUCGCACAACUGGGGCUUUGGGAUGAAACUGGCUGUAAGAGGCUCCAUCCACUCCCAGACCUCCUCUCCCUGUCUGAGCAAACUGGAUCUCUCAGCCAGCAGGGCUGCCCAGCCUAGCCGUCUGUCCAGGGAUAAGAAAAUUGCUAAGUCCCUGGCCAUCAUAGUGUGUGUGUUUGCCAUCUGCUGGGCGCCAUACACCCUGCUGAUGAUCAUCCGUGCUGCCUGUAGAGGGCGUUGCAUCCAGCACCAUUGGUACGAGGUCACCUUCUGGCUCCUGUGGCUCAACUCAGCUAUUAACCCCUUCUUGUACCCGCUCUGUCACAGUAGCUUUCGCAGGGCCUUUAGCAAGAUUCUGUGCCCCAAGCGGCAUACCACUCAGUCUACAACUGACCUUCAUAUUGGCCAAUGA